AUGCUUCCUUCCUCGCCUGUCCCCACGCCUCCCAUCCCACCACCCACACACCUCCGCCCCUUCUCUCCGGCCUGCCCCUUUUUCCCCCCUUUUUCUCCCCUUUUCCCCCCUCCUCCUCCUCCACCCAAAUUCUUCCCACUCCACUCCCGUGCAUAUGCAGAGGAGUUUGACUUCAGUGCGAUGAAUGAGAAGCUCAACAAGGAAGAGGCGUCCACCAACUAUGUGAAGGACGAUUUCUUUGACUCGCUCUCUUGUGAUGCGCUUUCGCGAGCCGGAGGGGGCCGGGGUGGCGGCAUGCGUGGUUCUGACAUGCGACGGAUGGAUACAGAGACGUUUGGCGACGUGGGUCACGGUGGUUACGGCGGUUACGGCGGAAGGGGAGGGAGAGGAGGCCGCGGAGGCUACGGUUACUCCGGUGGUUACGGCGGUGGUUACGGCGGGCGAGGCGGUUACCAGGGUGGGGGUGGUUACGGUGGAAGGGGAGGCUACGGGGGAGGGGGUUAUGGAUAUGGAGGGAGAGGGGGAGGUGGAUAUGGAGGGGGUGGAUAUGGAGGUGGAUAUGCCGCUGGGGGAUAUGGUGGUUAUGGUGGUGGUGGCGGUGGUGGCGGUGGUGGCGGUGGUGGCGGGGGUGGUGGUGGUGGGAGGGGUCGAGGUGGUGGUUAUCGUGGUGGUGGUGCUGCUGCUGGUGGUGGCCGUGCUGUUCCCAUGCAAUGA